GCUAUUUAUAGCUAAACAGUAGGCGCCAUAAUGAACUCCACUUCGAAUAACUACUGUAUAGCUAGGUAGGGCUGAUACUAAUAAGACACAUAACUACAUAGUUUAUCCAAGGCACGGCAGUCUUCCCAGACUGCAUGACACACAACCGCGGCCGCGGCCAGUAGGCUAUGCUCUGGAGUCUGAGUGACGAGUCACGAUGGUUGUCGUUGUCAGCAUGAAAUACUAUGUCACCGGUGGGGGAAGACCUACCCUGAAGCCUGAGGUAUGGCUCGAGUGCAAUAUUUGCCGCCCAAACGUUUGAAGCGACGAUCACAUCCUAUCACUGCGAUCUUCUUCCCUUCAAACAGCUUCCUUCAUUAACAGGGUGCACAAUGGAUGUGGAUGGAGUAGGAGGUUUCAGGAUUCACGAGCUGCAACCCCAGUUGUACCCACCCGAUCAUUCUCACAUUGCACAUAGUUGGGCUGCAAAUGGCCAGAUUACACCUGGAACUAUCACCUACACGACGAGCACUAACAGUGCAGAUGGUCAGGUUACAAAGCAUCCUUUCAGGGCGGUGCCUGUAAGCUAUCAGACCUCCCAAGGAAUUGUACAUGGUCUCCAAUGGGUCCCUACCGAUGCUACACAGAUCUUACUAACAGGCACUCAGCUCCCCAAUACAGGACUUGCGGCAGGAUCCUUUGCUCUCGAUCUUUCGGGUAGGGAAGAUGAUGUGGUAUCUAAGAAGUGGUACGAACAGAUCCCCCAUUUCACUUACCCUGGUGGACCUGAUCCCACCGUAUUGGCAGCAUCCUUGUCUUCCGUCCGAGGGCGCUCUCCUUAUAGUGCUCGCGCGCCCUCUCCAAUGUCACACUCACGCCCUGCUUCCCACGUGCCGUCCCCAUACCAAAGUCGUCCGCAGUCGAGAUCACCCUAUCCUUUCCACCACACUCCUUCACCUGAUGUUCGCACUCACCCACGUGCGCCAUACCAGAGUCGUCAGCAGUCGAGAUCACCCUAUUCCUUCCACCGCACUCCUUCACUUCAUAUUAUCCCUCCGCAAAUUGUAUACCCGCAUGGGCAUGCCUUGGAGGAUCAGCCUAUUUUGGAUCCCCAGUUACAAGUACCCUCUCCAUUUCCAAAUGCACCCACCGGGCCAGAGUUUUAUUCAUCUUCACGUAUGCCCAUCAUUGCUUUUCACAGAGAAUCAAUGUCGGACUCUUCUCCUCAUCCAUUCGCCCGUCCACCGGAUGCCACUCAAGCUUACACUCCGUUCAGUAUGAUAAGGAUUCACGGCAUGGAUCAAUUUUCCAACCAGAUUCCAAGCAUGCCAUCGGUGCUCGAUACCCAUGAUGUUUACCACCAGGAUUGGGGCGCAUUUAUGAAUAGUAUUUUUCUUGCGUGGAUGGGAAAACUGCCCCUUCCCAAGUUUGCCGGGGGUUGUUCGCCUUCACGGGACUCGGCUGUUGUAGAUUUGAUCAACCUGUGGAACAAUUCCUUCUUCGGUCCCCGCAGGGUAGAGGUAGUCCUCUACAAGGGCCGUGAGCGAUGGUCAGGCCCGUACGCAGGGACUGUAGACAAUGAGCUCUCAUUUCCUGAAUCGGAAAGGGAUAACGAACGCGAGCGGAAGUACUCGUUAUACUUGACCUAUGUUGUGUCUUAUCUUGGCGAUCAACUCGAGCCGACCGGGUCCCGUGACAGGCUCAGAAGUCACAGUGGCGCACACCGCAACCAUGCAUCUUAUAACUACUAUCACUGAUGGGAUAACAAGCUUGCAAGAAGGUGGGUGUGGGACUGUUGAUAUUUUUUAUUGUUAUUGUGCUACUCCCGUGUAUAGUUGACUAUGUAUUGAUGCCCGCACUUGGACACAUUCACAGACUUAUGCGGCACGUUAUGAUCGGUUCAGUAAUGACUGAUGGUGCUGUUACUCAGACUUUAAUUAUAUCUAGGCUAUCUCAGGCUGCCAAUGAUGUUCCUCCCUUUCCAGCUCUUCGCAGCAUGCUCACAUUACUC